UUUUUCUAUUUCGUUGUUCAGGCUAAGAAAGAAGAUGCCACAGCAAAAACCCGUCUUAUCGCAGUCGGCGCGACAACACCUGGUAGACGACACAACGAAAUCAAAACGUCCCAAUACACGCUGCUUACUUUCGUGCCUAAGAACCUGGCUGAGCAGUUCCGUCGAGUCAUACAUGUUUACUUCGUGAUAGUUACCAUCAUCUCUUUGGCUAUCGAUAGCCCAGUGUCGCCACUCACAAGUAUCGUGCCCCUCGCCUUCAUGGUGAUGGUUACGGCGGUUAAGACUGCCUACGAGGACUGGCGGCGGCACAGGAACGACGGCCGUGUCAACAACCAGACGGUGGAAGUACUUCGAGAAGGAAAGAUUAAAGAGGUUCGCAACUCCGCCAUCUCUCCCGGCACUCUGGUCCGCGUGAAGGAGGGGUCCGAAGUCCCAGCAGACUUGGUUCUGUUAUGCUCUGAGGGAGUCAAGGGCAAGUGCUUCGUGACCACGGCCAAUCUGGACGGGGAUACGAAUCUGAAGACGCUGAGGGUCCCGCUACCUCUUGUGGGAUGCACUCCUGAAAAUUUACCUCUAGGUUUACGCAUAGAAAUACCGAAUCCGAUAGCAGACCUGUACACAUUUUACGGGAGGCUGGAAAUCCCUGGGACAGACAGUCUACCGCUCUCAACUGAUAAGCUGAUGAUGCGAGGAUCUAGAGUCUUGAACACGGAGUGGGCUCUAGGAUGUGCAGUCUAUACAGGGGAAGAAACGAAAUUGGCUCUGAAUGCUAAAUACGUCAGCAACAAGUUCGCCUCCUGUGAAUCCGCCACCAACCGAUGCCUCUACAUUUUCAUCGGCAUAAUAAUCUUACAGAUUGCAGUUUCUUACAUCGCCAAGAGAUAUAUCGACGUUAACCAACAAUCCAGAGAUCUAUAUCUAGGAUUGGGAGCCACAUUUCCGCAACCAUUUUCUGGUGUCAUGCAAGACGUGUUCUCUUUCUUGUUGUUGUAUUACUACAUCAUUCCAAUGUCGCUCUUCGUUACCAUUGAGAUGUAUAAGUUUAUUGGUGCCUUAUAUAUUGGAUGGGAUGAAGAACUCCGUUGUAAAGACACUGGUCUAAGAGCACUUGCAAACACCUCCGAUCUAAACCAAGAACUCGGACAAAUCGAGAUACUCUUCUCCGACAAGACGGGAACGCUCACAAAAAACAUAAUGGCUUUCAAAGGUUGUUCUAUAAAAGGAAAUGUGUACGAAGAGAGGAAAAAGUUGCUAUACGACAUAAGUAUUGAAGAGCUGGUGGAUACGGGGCAGGCAGAUAUCAAAUUAUUUUUCUUGAUUCUCGCUCUCUGCCAUACUGCACAGACUUCCACGGCAGACAUGCGUAAACUCAGUCAAUGGCUCUCGGGGUCAAGCAAACAACAACCCAAAAACCAAACCAAAUAUGUGAAAAAUGGUACAAUCCCAAAUGGACAUGGGUUUCUAAAUAAAUCUUCAAGGGACAUGAUGAAUAAUAUCUAUAAGACUAAUGUUCAGUAUCAGGCUACCAGUCCGGAUGAGAAGGCUCUUGUUGAAGCGGCGGACAGAUUUGGUGUAACAUUUCUUGGAGAAGAAGGAAACAAUGUUUUCGUGAAAACUAAAGAAGACACUGAAGUGUACGAGAAAUUGGGAUCGGUUGAAUUCACCUCUGAACGAAACAUAAUCUCUGUUCUUUUUAGAGAUAAAAAUGGAAAGAUAUGGCUAUUCUGCAAAGGGGCAGAGAGCUCAGUGUUUCCGCUUUGUCAAAAUAAAGAAAUGGUUGAUAAAAUAAACCAUGAUAUUAAUGCAUUUGCUAUUAAGGGGCUCCGGACGCUGGCCGUAGCAUUCCGAGAGAUACAUGAGGAGGAAUAUCAAGAAAUUCGUGAAUCAAUAAAAAAACAAACUGUAAAAAGUAUUGAAGAGCUAGAACAAAUAACUCAACAGUUCAGGAUAUUAGAGCGUGACCUGAUCCUCCUUGGAGCAACAGCAGUAGAAGAUUCUUUACAGGAUGAUGUUGUUGAAACAAUAGCGUCACUGCGGAGUGCUGGCAUCAAGUUUUGGGUGCUUACUGGAGACAAGGUAGAAACAGCAUUGAAUGUAGCACAAUCAUGUGCCUACAUUUCGGAAAAUACCAAGCAAAUGUUCAUCUUAGGCGCGAAAGCAGAAUCGGAUAUAAAAGCCCAUUUAGAAGAAUGUAAAAGAAUAGCAGACGAGGGUCAAUCACUGGCCUUGGUUGUAGAUGGAGCCAGUAUCAACCAGAUUCUGGAGAAGUCAGUAGAAGCAGAUUUUGUCGAACUUGCGAUGAAGUGUAAUGCCGUACUGUGUUGCAGAAUAUCACCGAUACAAAAAGCGAAGAUAGUAAAAUUAAUAAAGAAUAGUCCUGGUCGACCGAUCACAGCGGCGAUCGGUGACGGAGCCAACGACAUCUCUAUGAUUCAGGCGGCGCACGUCGGCUUCGGGAUCUUCGGCAAGGAGGGCCAUCAGGCUGCCAGAUCUGCAGAUUACGCCUUCACGAAAUUUUCGAUGCUGAAGAGGAUUCUACUGGUGAUGGGUCAUUGGUAUUAUCAAAGAUUCGCCACUUUAAUACAUUACUCGUUCUAUAAGAAUCUAGUUCUAGGAAAUUUAAUGUUGUUCUACCAAAUAAACUGCGCGUUUUCUACCCAGUCGAUCUACGAUUCCAUGUACCUGACCAUAUACAACUUGUUCACGGCAUUGCCGUGUAUGGUGCUCUCCGUGACCGAACAGAGGUGGCCUGCUGAUUUACUUCUUAAGAGCCCUAUGCUGUACAAGUCCAUCAGUAAGAACAGCCUCAUGUCCUGGUCCCGGUUUAGCGGCUGGAUGUUGGCAGCGGUGUACCAUUCUGUGGUGAUUUAUGUAGCUGCAGCGUUGGCCGUGGGUGACACAGCCAUCAGUGCAGACAUGAAGCCUGUGGAUCUGUGGUCUUUCGGAGCAGUACUGUACCACCUUUUAGUCCUGAUAGUAAACCUAAAGCUGUGGCUGCAAGCCCGCUACCAUACCGUCGCUUUAGCCGCGAGCGUCGUAUUUUCCGUGCUCGUCUACGUCGCUUGCAACACCCUGUAUGCUGCAAUUAAUGUAAACAUCCACGGUUCAAUCCUCGGCACGUACACACGCCUGCUUGCUUCUGUCACAUUCUGGACCCUCAACUGUCUGGUCAUAGUCGCUACGUUGGCACCGGAUUACUUGUACAGAUAUCUUUCCGAUAGAAAAGGAAAGAGAUUUGAAAGCAACUCCAUGGAAAAUGUGUGACAAAAGUUAAAAAUUUUGUUUGUAACUAGGGUUUGCACGACGGAUCCGAAAUGUAUGGAGUGAUCAGCGGAUCCGUAUCCAGAUCCGGAUAAUUUCAUACAUUUCGGAUCGGGAUCGCAAACCCUAUUUGUAACCCUGGCCAAAGGCUUGUCAUUACGCGUUGGUCGUUGGCAACUGUCAUAGGUUUCACCUCUCUCGUUUUGUUCUAUGAGAGUUGGCUUAAAGGGCAUCAAGGCGAUAAAAAGUUAAAAACUGGACAGAGUGACUCGGACUCGCCCACCGAGGGAUCCGUACUUUUUAGUAUUUGUUGUUAAAACGGCAACAGAAAUACAUCAUCUGUGAAAAUUUCAACUGUCUAUUAGCUAUCACGGUUCAUGAGAUGGAUACAGCCAGCCUGGUGACAGACAGACAUCUUAGUAAUAGGGUCUCGUUCUUACCCUUUGGGUACGGAACCCUAAAAACAGGAAUUUAACACUUUUCAUAGGAUUGAUAGGUAAAACCGGUUCUGGCGCCAUCUGUGAAAUACUUUGACCUGCCAACCCAUUAAUCAAUAGGGGUUGCUGUUAGCUCGUACAUCUCUUUAACAUGUAGAGACCGUAUGUAGCUAUCCAGACACUCUCUUCUGUGAAUGAGAGGGACUAAAAAACAAUGUAAUAUAUAUAUAUAAAAUCUGCCUUCCUUGCUCUUUCCUGGCUGCAGGAAGACCGGGUUAUGAUGGGAUUAUGUUAUAUAGAUAGGUUAUAGUCAUGGACCUUUAUAAAACGGACUUAGGUUUGCCCACUCUUUCUGCACUGCAUAUAAUAGAGCUCUGCAAACUAGUUCGCCGGCAUGUAAAUAAAUUUCCUGCAAAAAAUAACUUUAAUAGCGACAGACUAAACUUAAUAUUUGCUCGCGACAUCCGGGCUCCUGUUGCUACGACAGCAAUCUACCAGCGUAGCACUAUCUAUGUUGCUGUUAAAGUGUUUAAUACGUUUCCCGUAGAAAUUAAGUCACUCAAUGACUUGAAAUUUGUGACAGCACUUAAAAAAAUUGACAUUGAGUUAUGCCUCUACAGCUUAAGUGAAUAUUAUAAUAUAAACGGUUAGUUAUAAGU